UAAGCUUGGAAGGCAAUGCAAAACGCUUUAAUGUGGUGAUGAAAAAAAAAUGUUGUUACAGGCGAUGAGUGUAUCUCUAUGUUGACUGACGGAGAUGGCAUGAUUCCUUGGUCCUCUACUGCAGAUCAAAGGCGACUGCUGCUCCAGUAGGAUGGGGGAGUUGGCGAUGCAGAUGAUUUGGAUCACUUCUUGUCCAACAAGUCCUUUGCCUCGUUGAUCUUCGAGGCCAGGAAGGGCGAACCGCCUCGAUCAGGAUGGUUGAGCAACAUGAUCCGGCGAUGGGCUUCCUUGAGCUUUGUAUUGUUUAAUCCUGUCUCCCUAAUAGUACAUGUAAGACGAAAAGAGAAUAAGCAAGAUAGAGUGGGUCAAUACAUUAAAACAGUGCAGAGUAAAGGACAAAGCAGGGCAGGACGCUUUUUGCAGCCGAUAAUUGAUUCAACUUACUUGAGUCCGAGGACCAGUGCUGCCUCACGCUUGUCCAUCUUGGCAUCGAAGCCUCCCUUGUAGUACUUUCCGGCACCGAUGGUUCCUGGUCGGGGAAUGGCCGCCAUGAUCUUUGCACCGUGCAGUUCCCAGGUGCGUAGUGCGAUCCUUGUGCCGUAAGCGGCGCCGGCGAUUCCAACGCCGAUUAAAAGAGGUGUUGACAUGCUGCUGUGUUGUAGCUAAGAAGAAGGGUGGAGUGGAAGGAGCGAUGCAGUGGAAGGAGCGAUGCAGUGG